AUGCACGAUCCACCGCCGCCGUCGUCCGCCGUCGUCCCCGAGGACGACGCAAAGUACCGGCUCAUAUACGCAAAGUCAAAGGUGUACGUAAACCCCACCGCCUAUGCCCGCGACAACAUCCCUGGCUUCGCCGCCAUCGUCAGGAAGGAGGCCUUCUCCUCCUCCUACCUGCUCGCAUGGAUCCCCGAGAAUCUCCUCACAGAGAAGGGCCCCGGCGAAUGGGACAAGUUCAUAAAGACAGAGGAGCGCCCCGUCGACGAGGAUGACGACGACGACGGCAUGUUUCAUUCGGACGCCGUCCUCAUCGACAUGCCCACCUCGCGCGCAGAAUCCUACGCGUUCUCCGUCCCCCUUAGCUCCAUCUACUCCCUCAUCGUCCAGCAGCCGUCCCUCUCCUCCUGGUACGGCUCCAUCGCCAUCAACCUCACCAGCGGUGCCACCCUCCCGACCCUCCACUUCCACGACGACGAGUCCCGCUCCUUCACUCUCCCGCCCAAGUCUCCGCCCCCUACGUCCCCCGCCUCUACCUCGUACCCCCCGCCCCCCUCUUACGCCGCCCAAGUCGCCACCGGCCCCCCCAUCACCUCCUGGGGCGGCGAAGACCUCCUCGCCCGCAUCCGCUCCUACGCCCACCUCCUCCGCUCCAACCUCCAGCCGACCCUCUUCCUCGUCGAUCCCUCAAAGGCAGACAUCGAGGCCCACUCCACCCACCUCUUCUCCGACGACGCCGUCGACGACAUCCUCGCCCGCUCCUCCUACGCCAACUCCCACUCUCCCGUCCCCUCCCACCGCCGCCCCCGCCCGCUCUCCUCCUCCUCUUCCUCCUCCCCCUCCUCUCCGAACCCCUAUUCUCAGUACUCCUCCAUUCUCCACCGCUCCCUCCCGCCCCCCUUCUCCUCCACCUCCCCGCCCUCCUCCCAAGCCCGCACCGCCCUCCUCCAGUCCUUCGCCAACAUCACCCGCGCCACCCGCCACGCCGCCCAGAACAUCCUCUCCCACCCGCUCGCCCGCCCCAUCGUCCCGCACCUCCCCGACCCCGUCAAGAGUCUCGUCAGCGCCCGCGGCGACCUCGAGUGGGGCAGCUGGGUCGAGAAGGGCGGCGUCGGCGAGUUCGAGAGCGCCCGCGUCUACCUCGCCCGCUGGGCCCGCAUCGUUGCCGAAGAAGGUGAGCGCGCCCGCCGCCGCGAGGCCCAGGCCGUGCCCGUGUCCGCGUCCGCCCCCGACGCCCCGCUCGCGGAGGAGACGUCCGAGCUCGGCAUCUUCGAGCUGCUGCAGUCCACCGCGAACCUGCCCACGCCCAAGGCGUCGCGCGACCCGCGGCACCCCGUCGACGCGGCGACGUGGGCGGAGUGGUUCGGCGCGGACGGCCGGCCGCGCAUCGGGCGGGAGGAGAUGCGGCGCGAGGUGUUCCGCCGCGGGGUGAGCGACAAGGGGGGCGUGCGCCGGCGGGUGUGGCCGUUCGUGCUGGACGUGCACACGUGGGACACGACGGAGGAGGAGCGCCAGCAGGCGUGGGAGGAGAAAAUGCGGCAGUACCACGACAUCAAGGACGAGUGGUUCGGCAACUCGGACGUGUUUGACCGGCCAGACGUGCUCGAGGAGCGCCACCGCAUCGACGUCGACUGCCGGCGCACCGACCGCUCGCAGCCGCUGUUCACCUCGACCCCGGGCACCCCCGCCGCUAGCGGCGACGCGGACGCGGACGAAAAGGCGCGCCAUCGGCGCUUCUCGACGAUCGCGCCGAGCACGACCGAGGUCGGCGCGCAGUCCCCGAGCAACGAGCACAUCGAGCGGCUCGCGGGCAUCCUGCUCACGUACAACUUCUACGAGAAGGAGCUCGGCUACGUACAGGGCAUGUCGGACCUGUGUGCGCCGAUCUACGUCGCCAUGGGCUCGGACGAGCCCAGCACGUUCUGGUGCUUCGUGGCGGUCAUGAACCGGAUGAAGCAGAAUUUCUUGCGCGACCAGAGCGGCAUGAAGAAGCAGCUGUCGACGCUGCAGCAGCUCAUCGAGGUCAUGGACCCGGAGCUCUUCCGGCACCUGGAGAAAACCGACGGGCUGAACCUGUUCUUCUGCUUCCGGUGGGUCCUCAUCGCGUUCAAGCGCGAGUUUCCGUUCGACGACGUCCUCCGCCUGUGGGAGGUGCUCUGGACGGACUACUACACAAAGUCCUUCGUCCUGUUCGUCGCGCUCGCGGUGCUCGAGUCGCACCGCGAAGUCAUCAUCCGCUAUCUCGUCGAGUUUGACGAGAUCCUGAAGUAUUGCAACGAGCUGAGCAUGACCAUCGAGCUCGACACCACGCUCGCCCAAGCCGAGGUCCUCUUCCUCUCGUUUUCUCAGCUGGUAGCAGACAUGGACCGUCGACGCGUCGAAGCGUCGAUUAGCUCCAAUGCCGAGGGCUUGCGACACCGCACGCACUCCCAGUCCGCGGAGACGCCCACGGCGAAUGUCCCGAUCCCUAAAUUGAGCGCCGAGCUGCGAGAGCUGUUGGACACGAGGUAGGCAUAGAACGAAACGAGGCGAUAGAGGCAAUUCGGACUCGAUACGCAUACAACUCACACUACACAUCUCGCAUUGCUUUUCUGCUGUAUACGAUACACGACCCCACAUGAUCGCAUCCAUGUAUUUCUGUGUAGUUUUCUUGAUACACACCAAGCGCCGUGGCUCGCCACGGUCCAUUAGAUCAG